CUGCGGAUUUGAGAGAUUUUGGUAAUGCAGGAUGCUCCAGCCGUGCUGUUCCCAGUGAUCGUUGCACUUCGACGACUCCACAUCGCGCAGAUACCCUUGUAGGCUCAACCUUUGGUGGUAGUGUUGUUCCUCAAACUGUAACUGAUGCCGGUCGGAAUGCUUGUUUCGCUUCGAGCACAAGCGAAAUUCGUCCUUCAAAUUCGUCAUUUGCUGAUUCAGCUGAGGUAGAUAAUGUAGUCCCCUGCAGUUCAGGUUGUGACGAGCUUGCCGGUUCCAGAGCAAGUCCCGUUCCAAUCACUGCCGCUGUUACACCCAGUCGAUCUUCAUCUUUCGAUACUGGCAAUGUUCACCAGACACAGAGUCAGCGCACAAGCAGUGUGAAUGGUCGGCGUAUAGUGGAGAUUGAUCACUUCUUCUCGUCUUUGCAAAGUUUGUCGGUACAUAGUCCGUUUGGUUGCGGCCUGGCUGACAUGGAAAUUGUAUCAGAACAUCGGCGAGGUCUGUGUAGCUCUUUCAGUUUGAAGUGCAGGAUGUGUCUGAGGAAAGAUGUAGUCACAACAGAGGCACCAGUUGAUCAACUUGUUCAACAACGCAUGGACGUCAAUUCCUCAGCAGUGAACGGUAUCGUGUCUAUAGGUUCUGGUUUCUCAGGCCUUCGCGAGCUCCUAGGUGCUCUGGACAUACCCGGCAUGGCUGGUAGCACGUACAGUAAGUAUCAGGAUAUUGUUGCUAAAGGAAUCGACGAAACAGCUUGGGAAGAAAUAAGAAAAGCAGGCAUUGAGGAAGCUCGGUUAGCUAGGGAGGCUGGGGACGUCGAUGCUGACGGUUUUCCUAUAAUUACGGCCGUUGCCGAUGGUGCUUGGUGCAAACGUUCAUACAAGAACAAGUACGACGCUCUUUCUGGCUUGGCUGUAAUUGUUGGGUACCGCACAAAGAAAGUACUGUUCCUAGGCGUCCGGAACAAAUUUUGUACACUGUGCGCAAGUUCCAAGGCAGGGUCGAGCCCAAAAAAGCAUCUGUGCUUCAAGAACUGGGACAGCAGCUCUACCAGUAUGGAGAAGGAUAUCGUCGUUGAAGGCUUCAGGCGCAGCAUUGAGUUGCACGGGGUAAAGUACUUGCAGUUGAUCGCUGACGGUGAUUCGAGCACAUACAAGUCAAUUCUUGAAGCUGCACCGUACCAGCAUCAGGUAGUUCAGAAGGUAGAAUGUCGCAACCACCUUCUUCGAAACUAUGUAAGUCGUCUUCGAGAUGUUGCUUUGGCAAAGAGAACAACCCCCAUUCCCCCAUCGUUGAAGAAGCUACUUCUGGAUAAUGCUGUUCGACUAAGAGUUGGAGUUGCUAGGGCUAUUCACUAUCGCAAAGAGCAGGCCGGGUUCAGCAAACAAGAUCAGAUUCGGAACCUGGUGGCUGAUAUCCGUAAUGGGCCACUCCAUGUGUUCGGCGACCACGCAAAAUGUGCGGGUUACUUUUGCAGUGGUCCAAAAGAAGGGGAAGUCAAUCACGUCCCAGAGCUCAGGAAAUGCGGACUUUUCAAUGAAAUCCUUGUAGCGAUGAGUCGUUUGGCAAACAAUGGUAGCAGCUUGAUCCUUGACGUUAACAAUAAUGCUGCAGAACAUUUCAAUUCUCUCGUUGCAAAGUUUUCUGGCGGUAAAAGAAUAAACUUUUCCCAGAGGGGAUCAUUCGGAAUGCGGGCUUCAGGAGCUGUCGUGUCUUUCAACUCUAAGCAGUACCAUCGUGCUCUACAUAAGGCAGUGUACAACACCAGCCCUGGGAAGUAUGCAAAAAUUAUGCUGAAGCGUAAAGCAGCUGUUCGUGCUGCUUGCAUAAGGCAUCGGAGUUCUGGGGCUGCUCGCUGUAAGCGUUCACUUGAAGGUGCGCCUUGCAAGCGUGCUUCCAGCGACAACCACUAUGGUUCCAUAGUGGAUGCUCCAGACAUGAACCACGAUGACUAUGUUGAAGCUGCUGCGGCGUACAAGGAUUCCCUUGUGCUCUCCCAACCAGAUGCAGAGCAGCUCGAGGCUGAUACUCGAGGUCAAGAAGGGAGAACUUUGUGGAUGCAGGAGAGGCGAAAGCGACUCACCGCUUCUAAUUUUGGCAAGGUAUGCAAGAUGCGAGAUGCAACGAGCAGUGCAAGUACUGUUCGUUCCUUGCUCUAUGGUCAUUUUGACACUGAGGCUCUCCGAUAUGGUCGCGACACUGAGCCCAUUGCAAUUGCUAAGCUGCAGGAUGAGUUAGGGGUGACUGUUUCACCAUGCGGCCUUGUUGUUGAUCAGGAGUUUGCAUACCUUGCUGCAACACCUGAUGGGCUUGUCGGUGAUGACACUGUCGUGGAAGUGAAGUGCCCUUAUUCGGCUCGGCCCCUUACCCCUGUGGAGGGAGUGCGGGCAAAAAAAAUCACCUUUUGCACUAUUGAUAACUCUGGUAAUAUUUCGUUGAAGGAAAACCAUGACUACCACUAUCAGGUGCAGGGACAGCUCCACAUCACUCGACGUCAGUUUUGUCUUUUUGUGGUAUAUUCUGGCGAGGAAAUUUUUGUCCAGAAGAUCGAGAGAAAUGAUGGCUUCUGGAGCAAAAUGAUUGGCCACCUUCAACUGUUCUACUCGCAUAGCCUUCUACCGGAGUUGGUUGACCCUCGUCAGUCCCGUGGGCUGCAGCUCAGAGAUAACAAGAAGAGUGACCAUCAGGUUGCCUCGCUCUGUGAUGCCGCCAAAACAACUUCCAAUCAGGGCGAUUCAUCCAGAAAGAGACGGAAGACUGGUAAAGAUAACUCACCUGCCGCUGUUCUGUAAUUAUGGCUAGACUGUGGAUUUACGUGUCAUUUAGUUUGUGCGGCUCCACCUUUGCCAAGUGUUUUAAUGCAUAUUCAUCCAUUUUGCUUCAUAAUUUACUGAAUGUUUUUCCAUAUA